GCAGCAAGUUAUUUAUUGCCAGGAAUAGUUGACAUGUACAUCAGAAACAGAUGGUGUAACAUUUGUUUAUAACAAAAUAAAUGUUCUUUUAAUGUUUAAUUUUUCCUGUCUUCACCAGGGACUCCAUCACGAACUCUAUCCACCAUGUCUCUCUCGGUUCGCCCGGUCAGACGCGUCACCUCCAGAUCCAUCACUAGGAGUCAGAGUUUUACUGGAGUUAACAUCCAGGAGAAAGCCUACAGGAACCUCUCAGCAUUCAGCACUCCUGGUCUCACCAGGAAGUCCAGCAGAGCCAGUCUGAUGUUUACCAUGUCCACUAAGUCCAGCCUGACACCUAAAGUUCCUCAACCAGAGCGACUAGACGAAGCCUACGAGGCCUUGAAGAGAGGCCUUCGGUCUUGCCUGCAGGCUUAUCAGAAGGACCUAAAUAACCUCAACAAACAGAUAAAACAAUCCAAAAGAAACUCCAGACUGGGGUUCCUGUAUGACUUAGACAAGCAAGUUAAGGUGAUUGAGAGGUACGUGAGACGCCUGGAGUUUCACCUCAGCAAGAUUGAGGAGCUGUAUGAAGCUUAUUGCCUGCAGAGGAGGCUGAGGGACGGAGCCAACAAGAUGAUGAAGGCAUUCACAGCCUCUCCAGGAAGCAGAGAGGCCAGGGAGAGUUUGGUGGAGGCCAGUAAAGAAUACAAGGAGUACACAGAGAACAUGUGUGUGUUGGAGAGCGAGCUGCAGAACCAGCUGGGAAAGUUCCACAUAAAAAUGAAAGGUCUUGCUGGAUUUGCCAGACUGUGUGCUGGUGAUCAGUACGAGAUUUUUAUGAAGUACGGUCGACAGCGGUGGAAACUCCGAGGAAGGAUAGAAAUCAACUCCAAACAGGUGUGGGACAGCGAGGAGAUGGUGUUUCUGCCACUCAUUAAUGAGUUUCUCUCUGUGAAGGUGACGGAGCUGAAGGGCUUGGCCAAUCACGUGGUUGUUGGAAAUGUUUCCUGUGAAACUAAGGACCUGUUUGUCCCGCUGCCACAGAUGGUUGCUGUGGAUAUUAAUGAUCUUGGAACUAUUAAACUAAACCUUGAAGUCACCUGGAAUCCUUUUGACAAAGAUGAAUCAGGAUUAAUUCCAGGCCCUGUCAGUAUAAUCCAAAGAAUGCCUAACCCCAGUCCACCUGACACGCCUCCUUUAAACCACCAAAAUGAUAGUUCGCUUCCUUCCAAAGAUCAUCCAAAUAACGGAACUCUGUGGCCGAAUUCAUCUGAAUCUUCUGAUGACUCCUCGUCCAGCCCUCUGCUUUCUGUGGCAGGAUUACACAGCCCUCCACCUCAGAAGGACGUUCCAGCGACACCAAAGCUUCAACAAGAGUCCUCUUCACCAUGUUUCAGUGCCUUGAGCUGCUCCACCCCACGUUCUGAACAGAGAAUCCUGCCUGUGGACGUCCCUGAGGUGUCCAGCGUCCUCACACAGUGUGUUCCUUUCAGAACCCGAGACAAGAAAGUGACGAUCCCAGUGAGCGAUGAAGAGGUGGACACUGCAGGAACCAUCAGUCCUAAGAUGGGCCAGACCCUGAGGUCCCUCAGCCACAUCAGUGAAAGCAGCGCUGAUGAGAGUCUCCUGACAGACCAGUCUGUUGGUGAAUCAGGGGACAUCAUCUCUCUGGUGUCUGGGACCUCCAUCAGUGACAUUGAGAUAGAAUGGCCCAGCUUAACUCCUGAGCCUCCCAGCUCCAGUGCCUCCAACACCGACGUGUCCCCAGGGCGCCUCGGUGCAGAUCAGCUCCCGCUCGAGCUUCCAAAGGCCGAGUCUGCUGUGACAUCGUCCCCCAGAACUGAGAGGGAGACCCUGAACACUAUGCCAGUGGAGAAAACUGAGCCAUGUGAGGAAAGAGACUGUCUGCUCGGGGAAGGAGCUGACUCUGUGGACACUGGGCUGGCGGACGCUCUGGAAACUCUAGUUUCCUGUUUAGAUGAUUAUCGAGGACAGUUCCCAGAUUUACAAACACUGGAGGAGGAGCUCAGGCUGCUGCAGGCCACACUGAAGGGCAGCAGGUACAGCCGCUCACCCAGCAUGGUCAGCCUUUCAGUGGAAUCUGCUUUGGGCAGUUUUGAUUUCCUGAAUACAUCUGACUGUGAAGAAGACGAGGAAGACAAGGGUGGCACGAGGAGGAACUGCAGAACCCGACAGGAUCGAGGCUGGAACAGCCACUCCUCUCCUGACUCGCCCCUGACCACCGGCUGCAUCACCCUGGACACCUCGCUGGUCGUCCACCUGAAACACUGCAGUGCACAGCUGCUGCAUCUGGGCAUGUUUGGUCCUCUGCGGUGUCGAGAGAUGUACGCUUUAGACAAACUGCUGAGAGAGGCUCGCAUCUUUAAAAUCAUCCAUCGCAUCAUCAGGGACAGUCCACUUCACCUGAGACAGCCUGCUGAAGUGGUACCAGAGCUGGGUCUGUGUCUUGGUGCUGUGCCACUCUGGCAGCUGUGUGUGGAGCAUGGCAGCAUGUUCUGUGUCCCUGCUGACACGUUUUUAAUGACGCUGUCUAAAAUCUACUCCAGCAUGUUACGCGAGAGAGCAGACCCAGUGCUCUUGUGCCUGGUUGAGAAAGUUUUGGACCAGAAGUUUCCUCGGCGAGGCAACAGGGACAGACUGAUGGUGACGGUGUUCCAGCUGUGGAGUUACCUGGAGUCUAAUAGUGUUAGUGAUUUAGAGACACACAUCACUGAGCUAGCAGAAGAAGUGUGGCUGGUGCAUAACCUGUCAUCAGGAGACCAGGACGUGAUCAUGAGUUCUCUACACAGACCUGCAGAGUGCAGCCUGAAGAGGGAAGGACUCCAUGCUGUGGCAAAGUUAUUAAAAGAUCCACGGAGCAAAAUUUUAACCUCUGCUCGCUCCGUGCUGAGAACCCUGGCUGCUCAACCCAAACAGAGAGAACAGGCUUUGGUGAACUGUUUGGAGAUGUUGGAAGACAACGACCUGGAUGCCAGAGUUUGUGGAUGUAAAGCAUUAGCAUGUCUAAAGGCCAAAGAAAGCAUUGAACAGCUGGUUUAUCUCUGCCAGACAGAUAAGGAGGAAGUUCGAGAUGCUGCCAAACAAACACUGCUGGAUCUGGGUGAAGAAGGAAAGAUGGCCCACAGACACGUGGAGAUUUCUCAGGACAUCCUACCGAGUCUCUUUGCUCCAGGAAGCAUGGCCAGCACAGCCUUCUGACUGAACACCGUCUGUCUGCUCUGAGCUGCGUGGAUGAUUAAACCCCACUGACUGAA